UUUUCUCCCAAAUUGUGUUCCUCCUGGUGAAACCGAAUCCUCUAGCUGUGGUGUCCCGGGCGCCGGUCCCGUCCUGCUGGGGCUCCCGCCGCCGCCCGCUGCGCCUCUGCCCUGCCCUGCCCAGCGCAGCCGGCAGUCCCCAGCAACACCGCCGGGUGCCCAGCCCCGAAGAUGAAAGUGUGGCUGCUGCUAGGACUUCUGCUGGUUCACGAAGUGCUGGAGGAUGUUGCUGGUCAACACUCUCCCAAGAACAAACGUUCAAAGGAGCAAGGGGAGAACAGAAUCAAACCGACCAGCAAGAAGGUUAAACCCAAAGUUCCUAAGAUAAAGGACAGAGACUCAACUGACUCAACACCAAAGAGCCAGUCCAUCAUGAUACAGGCGAUGGAUAAAGGUCGCUUCCAGAAGCCUGCUGCCACUCUGACUCUGACAGCAGGGCAAACUCUGGAGCUUCGAUGCAAAGGAGGCAAAGUGGAGUGGAGCUACCCGGCCUUCCUCGACACCUUUAAGGACACCCGUCUCAGUGUGAAGCAGCACGAGCGCUAUGGGCAACUGACCCUAGUCAACUCCACUGCAGCCGACACCGGCGAAUUCAGCUGCUGGGGGCAGCUGUGCAAUGGCUACAUCUGCAGGAGGGAUGAGGCCAAAACGGGCUCCACCUACAUCUUCUUCACAGAGAAAGGAGAACUCUUUGUACCUUCUCCCAGUUACUUUGAUGUUGUCUACCUGAACCCGGACAGACAAGCUGUGGUUCCUUGUCGAGUGACUGUGCUGUCAGCCACAGUCACACUGCACAGAGAGUUUCCUGCCAAGGAAAUCCCCACCAAUGGAACAGACAUUACUUACGACCUGAAGAGAGGCUUUGUGUACCUUCAGCCUCGCUCUGAUCACCAGGGGGUGGUCUACUGCAAGGCGGAGGCUGAGGGCAAGUCUCAGAUCUCAGUCAAGUAUCAGCUGCUCUACGUAGAAGUUCCCAGUGGCCCUCCAUCGACAACCAUCCUGGCCUCCUCCAACAAGGUGAAAGGUGGGGAUGAUAUCAGUGUGCUCUGUACUGUCCUAGGGGAACCUGAUGUGGAGGUGGAAUUCAGGUGGAUCUUUCCUGGGCAGAAGGAUGAAAGGCCGGUGACCAUUCAAGACACUUGGAGGCUGGUCCACCGAGGACUGGGACACACCACAAGAAUCUCCCAGAGUGUCAUUACCAUCGAAGACUUUGAGACCAUUGACGCAGGAUAUUACAUUUGCACUGCUCAGAAUCUUCGAGGACAGACUACAGUAGCGACCGCUAUUGAGUUUUCCUGACUUGGAAAGUGAAGUGCAAUGAACUGGUGGAAAGCCCAUCUGUGUAUACAAUCAGCUUUGGGUUCCUUUUAUUCGUACUUUACCAGAGGCUAAUGUCAAGUGCCAAGCGCCAACCUCUGCUUGUGAGUCAGACAGACAUCCAAAUUAAAAGGAAGUCAUCAUCAGUCUAUUAAUAGAAGCAUUAACUUUUCUAACAGAAGGCAUAUAUAGUGAUUGCUUAUCUACAGUGUUUCUAGUUUUUACACUAAGAAAACAUGUCAACUUUGUAUAAUCAUUUCUAUUAAAUGAGCAAGUUUUUAUAAAAAAUAAAGAUGAGCUAAGUGCUUGUGUUCCUCACUUGGUUAGAAGUACAUCCAGAGGGCUUGUUGGCAGCAAUCUUUGGAUCAGUACCCAGUAAUUCUCUUUGAUGUCUGAACCAAGUUCAAUUGCUUAUCCACAAGCAACAACUCACGAUUCAAAUGCUUAGACAUGUUACUUUCUCUCAGUUGGAACAUUAAAGCUAAUGUGAGUUAAUUUAUAACAAUAACAAAAAGUCACAGAUAUUUAACUUUUACAUUAAAUUGUUGUACUCAAACGUACUAAUUCUAAAUUUGCCUAUUCAAAAGAACUGGAACAUAUAUUAUUAAAAGUUUUGCUUUUAACAUAACAUAGAUGAACAGCUUAAGGAACAUUUAGUUUUGUCUAGAUCUGUCUUCAAAAAUACUUAGACCAUAGCAGUCUCAAUUUUCUUAUGUCAUACGGCAGAAAUUAUUGAAACUAGCCAAAAUUUAUUUCUCAAAUACACAGGUCUUUGAAUUUUGAAAAGCUUAGCUCUAAACUCAAGGUCUGAUCAGCCCAUGACAAAUUCUGGCACUGUGUUGAAAACUCCUGUAAAAUAACUUAAGGGACAUAGUCUUAUGAGUCAUGAAAAGGGCUAUACAGCCUAACACUUUGAAGUGUGAAGCAUAUGACAUUGAAUAGUCCAGCACUGUUUAUUUGAUCAAAGUAAAAUACACUUUCCAUCACUAUAAACUACAGUUGUUAGCAUAUCACAUUUUUAUGAUGUGCCAACAUUUUGCAUCCUACAUAAAACAUCUGGUUUGAAACAAAAUGAAAAGCUCUCUAUUUUGUUUCCUAUCUUCUUUCUUACUGUCUUCCAUCCACUGAAGACAUUUUAUUCUGAUUUCUGUAAGACUGAUUUCCCGGACACCUAAAUGGUAUGGAGGAAAGCGGGGAAUAGCAUGUGAUUUACCAUGGCCAGGGCAUGAAAGGUAAACCCAACUUUGGCUAGUGUCAUUGAGAACUGGAACCAUGAGCAGAGAAAUAUCAGGAGGUGGCAGUGAACCUACAUUCCCACUUAUCAGAAGCAAACAUGGAAGGUUACAUACAUCAUAAACUACUGCAGGUUAAAGACUUUAAACAUAACCACUAAUAAAAAUCAUGCAUCAUGAAUAACUACCAAUUUGCUAUGUAGUGUAAAUGUACACAAUGGCACAAAUACCCACCAUCCAGCAUCCUGAAUCUGUUCUUACUAUAAUGGGUUAUUUGCACAGCCAUCGAAGAUGGUUUAGUAAAUACUGACAUCACAAUGUCGACACAUGCGGGGGUGGGGAGAAGCCACAGCUAUCCUUCUGCCUUCCCACAAAUCUUAGAAUUGUGGGAGGUAACAAGCGAGAUUUUGAAAAGAAACUCAAAUUCAACUCGAAGGGGAGCUGUAUAAAACCACAUUUCCCACUCUUGGGCUGCCCUUUUGGCUAUAUCCCAAUGACAGGGAGAGCACUCAAAAGGUCUCCCUAUAUUAGCAUUGUCUCUCCAGACAGUCUUGCUCUAUCACACUGCAUCACUGGUUUAAUGAAGGAGCUCUGUUUAUAAGUAUGUGCUGAAUCCCGUAUCUUUAAUGACUUUCCUGAAAGUUUCCCAAAAUUUGUAGCCUCAGGUCCCAGACCUGAGUGUAUUUGGAAAAUGGGUUCAGCACCUCAAAGAUGAGCUGGCUCUGGAGAAGCAUAUGCCUUUAUCUUUGUCCCACAGAAAAGUAGGCAGGAGGUAUAAGGUUUGCUUUUGUGGCUCUG